AUGAGCUUCAGCAUUCCGCCGCUGCCGUGGGGCUACGACGGGCUCGCCGCAAAAGGCAUUUCAAAGGAGCAGGUGACGUUUCACUACGACAAGCACCAUCAGGGGUACGUGACGAAGCUCAACGCGGCGGCGCAGACAAACGCGGCGCUCGCGCGGAAGACCAUCGAGGAGAUCAUCAAGACAGAAAAAGGCCCCGUGUUCAACCUUGCGGCACAGAUCUUCAAUCACACUUUCUACUGGGAGAGCAUGUGCCCUAAUGGAGGCGGCGAGCCGACGGGCAAGGUUGCCGACGAGAUCAAGGCUUCCUUCGGCAGCUUUGCGAAGUUUAAGGAGGAGUUUACAAAUGCGGCUGUGGGCCACUUUGGCUCGGGCUGGGCGUGGCUCGUGAAGGACACCGCCUCCGGCAAACUGAAGGUUUACCAGACGCACGACGCGGGGUGCCCGCUGACUGAGCCCACCCUGAAG